AUGUCCAAGUACGGCGUCAUGGUCAUGGGCCCUGCCGGGGCCGGCAAGUCCACCUUCUGCGCCUCUCUUAUCACCCACCUGAACCUCAACCGCCGCUCCGCCUUCUACGUCAACCUCGACCCGGCCGCCGAGUCCUUCGAGCACGCCCCCGACCUGGACAUCAAGGACCUCAUCUCCCUGCACGAUGCCAUGGAGGAGGUUGGCCUCGGCCCCAACGGUGGCCUCAUCUACUGCUUCGAGUUCCUGAUGGAGAACCUCGACUUUUUGACCGAGGCCCUCGACAACCUCACCGAGGAGUACCUCAUCAUCUUUGACAUGCCCGGCCAGAUCGAGCUGUACACCCACAUCCCCAUCCUCCCGGCCCUCGCCCGCUUCCUCUCGCAGCCGGGCUCCCUCGACAUCCGCCUCUGCGCGGCCUACCUCCUCGAGGCGACCUUUGUCGUCGACCGCGCAAAGUUCUUCGCCGGCACGCUCAGCGCCAUGAGCGCCAUGAUCAUGCUCGAGAUCCCGCACAUCAACGUGCUGUCCAAGAUGGACCUCGUCAAGGACCAGGUGCGCAAGAAGGACAUGAAGCGCUUCCUCACGCCCGACACGGGCCUGCUCGACGACGACCCGGUCGCCGCCGGGGGGGGCGACCUCGACGACGGCCGCGGCGAGGUGCACGACCGCGACCUCGUCAUGCGCGGCAAGAGCUUCCAGCGGCUCAACAGGGCCGUCGCGGGCUUGAUCGAGAGCUUCAGCAUGGUCAACUACCUGAAGCUGGACAACACGGACGAGGACAGCGUCGGCGCCGUGUUGAGCUACAUUGACGACAUCAUCCAGUACCACGAGGCGCAGGAGCCCAAGGAGCUCAAGGACGACGAGUUUGACGAGCCCAACGACGACUAG